CAUCUUUGGUUCCUCUCUUCAUCAAAUGAAAAGUCAUACAUCGAUUUGCUUGGCUAGUUGGGUUCACGAACUCAAGUCUCUUGAGCUACGUAAGCUUCACUUUGAAUCGAGUUGAUGAUGGGAAAGCAACGGAAGGCAUUGCAGGGAGCCCUGCUCGCGCUGGUCUUUGCAUCCUUGCUUGCUGGCCUCGCGUCCGGCGGCAACUUCUACGAGGAGUGCGACGCGACGUGGGAGCCGCAGAACUGCUGGACCUACGACGAUGGCAAUAGACUCUCCCUCGCUCUCGUCAGCAACUCCUCAGGCUCGAUGAUCCGAUCCAAGAAACAGUUCGUCUACGGGACCGUUUCGACCAUGAUCCAGCUUGUCCCCGGCGACUCCGCCGGCACCGUCACAACGUACUACACGUCGUCGCUGGGAGACAACCACGACGAGAUCGACUUCGAGUUCCUGGGCAACGAGACCGGCCAGCCCUACACCAUCCACACCAACGUCUACGCCGCCGGCGUCGGCAACAAGGAGAUGCAGUUCAAGCCCUGGUUCGACCCCACCGCCGACUACCACAACUACACCAUCUCCUGGACCCCCUGCAUGAUCGUGUGGUACAUCGACGGCACGCCCAUCCGGGUGUUCCGCAACUACCAGGCGAGCCACGGCGUGGCGUUCCCGACGAGCCAGCCGAUGUACACCUACUCGAGCAUCUGGGCGGCGGAGGACUGGGCCACGCAGGGCGGUCGCGUCAAGGCCGACUGGUCCAAGGCGCCGUUCGUCGCCAACUACCAUGGCAUCGACCUCGACGUCUGCGAGUGCUACGGCGGGGGCUGCGUCGCGAGCUGCGCUGCGGCGUUCGGCGACUGGGGCCGCUACUGCCGCCUAAGCGACGCGGAGGUGGGGCACAUGCAGUGGGUGCAGGACAAGUACAGGAUCUACGACUACUGCGUCGACUACAAGCAGUGGAUCAACGGCCAGAUGCCGGUCGAAUGCGGCCUGCCGCAGUACUGAAAAGAUUAAUCGGAGAAACACAAUUAAUCAAGGGGAAAAUGCAAAGAUAUGCCAGCAAAUUAAAGGUAUACGUUUUUAUCAAGAUAUAUCAAGCUGUGACACUGACGAGUGGGUUCUAUCCCCACACGCCACUGACACACUUGGCGGUAUUUUGGCGAACCAUAUCUUUGCCAAUGGUGUGAGAGCAAAUAAAUCUCCCCUGGAUUAAUUCCGUGUUUAAUGUGAUGGAGACCGCAUCUUAUUGAUGCACUUUGCCAAUGGCCUUGUGGGUUUUUGCUUUUGCUCUUGUAUGGCUAUAUAUAUAUGAAUUUUGGGAAUAAAGAGUUUUUCAUUUGUUCAUCA